GUGACGCGAGUAGAAUGUCAAUUUAGAAAAUAAAUCUAAAAAUAAAUAUCUUCAUGGUAGAAAACAUAACUUUCUUUACAAUUUCCUUCAAGUAUCAUUAUUAAAUUAUUGUAAGUAUCGUGAUUCGUGUAUUCAUUAGAAAAUGCCUAGAACUACCCGUAAAUCACUUAAAACUCUACAACAUGCUGCUUCAGAUACAGAGAACUUGGUGGGUAGACCAUCAAAAAGCCUAAAGCAUCAACUGAGCCAGGAAACCGUUGUAGCUGAUGUAGAAGUGAAAAGAAAGAACAUCUCCUCUAAAGAAAUUCAAGUAAACUUACAGAACAAAGUAUCUGUAGACGACCUUACAAAUCCGGAAAAAGCUUCAGAAACAUAUUGGAAACUUCUUGCUGAAAAGCGUCAGGUUGCUCUACAGGAGGCGUUAGAUGAAAAUGAAACAUUACGCCAAUUAAUUGAAGAGCUAAAGAAAGAAAAUGGUGAAAUGAAGCAGAUGUUGGAGGAGGCCAACAGCUUUAUUGAAGUUGUUAAGGAGAACCUAAACAAAGACGAUGACACUGGGAUUGAUGUAAAUGAUGUCAGCACCGCUGAUGAAACUGAAGAAGAGAAUCUAACUACUGAAAGUUCCAAAGAUUAAUGCCAAAAUAAGUAAAAAAUUAUAGUUUCCGGAGCUGGUUGCAAGUUGUUUUAACUUUUAUCUCAAUUAUGAUUUAGUUAUUUUUCAUUAGUUUUAUUUAUUAGCUGCCUUUCU